GACGCUCAGCCUACUUAUUUGCGAUAUUGUUGCUUUGUUGUGAAAACUGUCAAAGUCGCCAAGAUUUUUGUCUCGUAUUGGCGUUCUGUUCAUUUGUGACAGAGUAAACAUCGGCUCGGUUGAAAAAGUGUAUAUAAAAAAUGCGCUCCUUCUGCGCGAAACUGGUGAAAUUGAAGGCGCGAUGAUGAUCUCCAGCUGACCGCGGUUGUUCUCUGCCUCUCUGAUUGUGCAGCGAUUUCAUCCUCCAAACACUCGCGAAGUGUACCUUCUUCGCGAACGAUUGAUAAAUCCUGAGGAAUUAUUUUGUGCGGCGAGUACACGACAUCGUAUACAACACUAAAAGCGAAUCGCCCGACAAGUUGACAGAGUGGUGAGAAAUAUCACGAAGAGUUCGACGACUCUUGGACAGCUCCAAUUUCUUCAUGACGGUGCUCGUGAAGAAAAAAAAUAUCAACGAAAUCCUCAAAUGAUAACCACACGAUUAUUCUGUACGAAUUAUGAAGAUGGCUUCCUUGGAGAUUGACGAUUUCUUGACCGGGCCAUUGGUUACUUGGUUUGUUAGCUGCCUGGAAGAUCCUAAUAUUAAUUAUGAAGAUUUAGCGGAUGGUGUCUUGUUGCAUAAUGUCUUCCUGCAAAUCAAUCCAGAACCACUACAUGACGAAGUAGUACCUUCUGAUGGCAAUCCUGUUAUUCGCACGAAAAACCUGAAGACUAUAGUACAAAAUAUGAAACAAUUUUACGAGGAGGAGUUAGAUCACUUGAUCUUAAAAUUACCCGAUGUCACAAAUUUAGGAAAGGAACCGGAAUUGUAUAUAGCAGAUAUGAAAUUGUUACUCUUGCUACUUCUUGGAUGUGCCGUCCAAUGUCCAAAUAAGGAGAAGUUUAUUACUAACAUAAAAACACUACAUGUUGACACGCAACUUGCGAUAGUAGAUUGCAUUAAACAGGUGACAGAUCAUCAAGAUAUAGUCAUUACGCAAGACGCUAUGGAAAAUGCAAACAUGGGUUUCCUAUUUGCCCAAAUCAAAAAAUGGAUUCAAGAAUUGGAUUUAUAUCGAGAGAAAUGGAGAGAUGCAGCGCUAGAUGAUAGUGUUGAGCGAAAUGAUUCCUCUAUCAGUGCAGAAUCUGAAGAAAUGAGUAAGAUACAACAAUCUCAUCCUGUUACUAAAACAGAAAGAGAAGAUAAUCAUCAUUAUGCGGAAUUGGCCGAUUGGAAAUCUAAAGUUCGGAAACAGCGCCAAGAAUUGGAGGAAAAAACGGAAGCUUUACUUGAAUGUAAGGAAGAAUUGGAGCAUACUAAAGCAUUGCUUGUAAAAUUAAAACAAGAGCAUCAAGAAUUAAUGCACGAAGCUCGUACUGCUAAAUCCUAUAGGGAUGAAUUGGAUGCUGUGAUUGAAAGAGCAGAUAGAGCGGAUCGUUUAGAAAUAGAAGUAGCACGAUAUAGAGAAAAACUCACAGAUAUUGAAUUUUAUAAAAUUCGGGUAGAAGAGUUACGUGACGACAAUAAAGUUUUAAUGGAAACUAAAGAAAUGCUUGAGGAACAAUUAAGUUUGUCAAGAAAUAGGACAGAUAAAGUGUUGGAACUUGAAUCUGAAAUCAUCAAAUAUAAGCAGUUACUUAAUGAUAUGGCAUUGGAACGUGCUGCUGAUAAAGAAAAAUAUCAAGAACUUGUAGAGGAAAAUACACAAUUGCAUCAAUUAACAAAAGCUGCUGCUAGUGAAGCUGCAGGAUCUAGUGAUUCUGAAGAACCAGUACACGCUGAUAAUAGAUUGUCUGAACAACUAACGAGUAAUGCUCAAACGCGAGCAUUAAAAUUAGAAUUGGAAAAUCGUCGUUUAAAUACUUUGAUAGAUUCAUUGAAAGAAAAUUCAUUUUAUGAGAAUUCGUCUCGUAUUUUGGAGUUGGAAAAAGAAACAAAGAAGCUUUCAUUGAAGAUUGAAUCAUUGAACGAUAAUAAAGAAAGACUUACGCAACAAAAUUCCGAUUUGGAAUUGGUUUGCAAGCAAGCGUUAGAAGAAAAUAAAAAACUUCAAAACACCCUUAAAAAUCAACGAGCUUCUUUUGAGAAACAACAACAAGAAAUCCAAACUCAUCAUGCAAAAAUGACAGAAUUAGAAAAAAAUUAUGAUGUAGCAGUAAAAGAAAAGCAACGUGUUCAAUUAUUAUUAGAGAGCGUGCAACAACGCGAUGACGAGUUGGAACGCACUCUGGAAAUGACAAAUCAAAAAGUUGAAAAAUUGCAACUCGUUGCGAAUAAUGCCAAUGAUAUUAAAUUCAAAUGCCUUGAUUUCGAAUCAAGAUUAACAACAAUAGAAAAAGAGAAAGAUGCAGCACAACGUGAUAUUUAUAAAUGCAGAAAAAUUAUUGAAGAGAAAGAUGUAGCUUUAGAUAAAGCAACAAAUACAAUAGAAAUCUUGGAGAGAAAGAUCUUGCAACUUGAGCAGGAAUUACAGGAUUGUCUUACACAAAUAUCAAGAUUGCAGGAAAUUGAACGAUCGAGCAAAGAACUUGAUUCACGAGCUGCAAUUGAUAGAGAAACUUUAGAGACACUUCAGUCUAAUCUUGUAGCAGAAAAACUGAGCAAUCAACAAUUGUACACAGUUCUAGAGAAACUUGGUCUUAGCGAUAGUAUAUUGUUGUCCCAACCACUGGAAACUAUAUUGGAAAGAAUUGACCAAAUACCAGAAGUAAUAAACCACAUUAAAAAAUCAUUUAUAUCAGAAAGCAGUGAGAAAACGACAUCAGAAUCAAUAGACAAUACCGAAAAAGAAAGCGAUCUUAAUAAGACUUUAGAAAUUAUGAUGGAACCUUUAAAUCAAGAACUGGAACAAUUGCAAACAAAGUUAUCUCUGUCUAAAACGGCAAUGGAGCAGUUACAAUCUGAGAAUACGAAACUUGAAGUCCGCAUAACAACAUUACAAUCGCAAAGCAAUUCACUAACUGCGCAACAUACCGCUUUACAACUGGCAAACUCGCAACUUGUCGCGGAGAAAGAAGAACUUUUGAAAGAACGUAGUACGCAACAGCAUAUAUAUUCUGCGUUACUUAAUGAUCAGAACACUUUGCAAUCAUUGCAUGAACAAUUAAAUAAUGAAUAUGAGAAUCUACGUCGUGAACGGGAUGUCCUUAAAUCGAAUUUAAGAGAUGUAAAGAAUGAAAGUAGAACGUUGCGCGAGACUUGCGAGCGACUAGAAGCGAAGAAUGAAACAUUGCAAUCUGAACGGGAAGCUUUAAUUAAUAAUACAAAGAGCUUAAAUAAUCUACGGGGAGAGCAUUCCAAGUUGAAGGAUGACUUUAGAAACUUAUACACUGCAAGCGAAAGAUUGAAAGCGGAAUAUAGGAGUUUGCAAGAUGAUUACAGAAAGAAUAAAAUCGAGGUGAAUCGCCUGACUCUAAAACAAACCGAAAUGCAGGGCGAACUUAGCAUCAAAGAUGAACAAUGUUCGGAUUUGAAGAUAGAAGUCAAUAAUCUUAAUGAACGAUGUGAUAUGCUGUUAGAAAUGAAUUCCGGAUUGGAUAACGACAGACGUUCCUUAAUGGAACAUAUAAGUUUAUUAUUUGCACAAUAUCACGAACUUUUAACUCAUUCACUUCAAGAUAAAGAGCAUUAUCAUAUGGAAGAAAAAUUGUUUGCGGAUAAGGUUAAUCACUUAUAUAGACAAAAAGAAAAGUUGGAAGACAAAAUUAUGGAGCACUAUAGAAAAUUGAACAGUUGCACUACCAAAAAAAAAGGUUUUGGGGCCAGUUUAGUUCGUAGAGUCAGAAAAGCUGGUUCGGAGCUCCUUAAUAAGAAUCGACGCUCAUGGGCUGAAGAUUCCAAGCAAUCGGACAGUAAAACGUACGAGUCAGAUACAGGCUGGAAUGAUUCCGAUGCAAGUACCGAUGAUUAUCGUUUGCCUGGACCGAGUAGAGUUUUCGGAUCAGAUGCACUUGGACAAGCUGGUACUAGAAGAACGGUAUAUUAUAACGAUGAUUCUCCGCCAUCGUCCGCUUCUUUACCCACGGACAGAUUGCUAGGCGAAUCCUUCCAGGAGCAAGGAAACGAUGCUGUACCGAUGGAGACGAAUACAAAAUCAGAAACACAAGUUGAGCCUCGACCCUUUUUGAUUUAUAAUAAAGUAUCAGCAGUCAUAAAUGAAUCCAAAAACGUCAGUACUCCGACGAAAGACGCAACACGAGAUGAAGUACUCGCGGAAGCUCCCGUUGACAAGGAACCGAAGACCGGAAGUCCAAUAUGGAAUUUGCAAGAAAAUAUACGGGUUGCACGGUGCAGUAGCCAAGGGCGCGGAGAGAGAGAGAGAGAGAAAGGAAGGGGCACGAGGGAAGAUGGGUUUUUACGGCGCGCCCUUCCCAUCGUUCCAUCCCCUCAUUCCCCCGCCGUCACGAGGCGCGCAGGGGGCGCGUUUUUAUGACAGUCACGACGAGAGCCGGGGAGGAGCUUAUGUAUACCACGACGACACCGGUAAGACGAGCGAAAGAGGAGAGAUGAAGGGGAGACGCGAACGGUUUUCGCAUCGUUCCUGUGGACCCUUGUCCUAUGCUGCCCUGGAGUUUGCACAGAGCGCGAUCUCUGGCCGAUUCGCGCGGCCACGCCUCUCGUGGCUCCUGAUGGCUCGUCGCGGAAUCGGCGUGCCCCAGCUAGAUUUUAACCCCCUGGCAAGGGUUACGAGCUGUCGGGCAAUGAUGCUAAUUAUUCGUCGCGGGCAAAAGUAGAGAUCGUUUUUGCUCUUUGAUUCUAGGACGUAUCAUGACGCACGUUUUAAUUUUCGUGUAUUUAUUAAUGUGUUUUUGAUCAAACAGCUCAUUAUUAUUCGCU